GCAGGUCCUACUAUUUUGCAUGGUUAGGGAAUUCCCACUGUACCGUCCCCCGGAGCCCCGCUCUUGGGACCAAAACUACUCUAGUGUAUUUCAAGCCACGGUGAAAGCUCAGGCCGUCCCCGGCGGCAGCAAGCUUGGUUUCAACAAUGUCUACCCCGCAGCUUUAAUCAAAUGCAGACCAGCUGCAGGGUCACAUCCCUUGGCCUUAUAUAUUGGUGAGAGCCCCUUGAAAAGUCCCUUCACACUCGUGUUGCUAGAGAUUUUAUUGGUCAUCUUCGCCACUCGCAUUGUUCGUUUUCUUCUCAAGCCUCUCAGACAACCUAGAAUUGUCUCGGAAAUCAUUGGUGGUAUAUUCAUCGGACCGUCGAUAUUAGGCCGGAGCAAGAAGUUUACCGCCGUUGUGUUCCCGGAAAAUUCCCAAUUUAUACUUCGAAAUAUCGGAUUAAUGGGGUUCAUGUAUUUCAUUUUUCUCUCCGGAGUGAAAAUGGAUUUCUCCGUGGUAGCAAAAACAAAGAAGAAACAGAUUGCCAUAUCCAUUCUUGGAGUGCUGGUCCCUAUAAUAAUGGUAACAAUUGUUGGAUUGAUUUUUCGCAAGUCAAUGGACAAAGAGCUAGCAAAACUCUCAACAAUCGGUGGGAUUGCUGCGACUUUGGCCCUGCCAUUGUUCCCUGUCCUCUACCCCAUCCUAAAAGAGCUCAAUCUCCUUAGCUCGGAUAUCGGACGGCUUGCACUGUCCAUAUCGGUGAUUAGCGACGUGGUCGGUAUCACCUUUAUGGUUGUCUUCGAGGCAGCUAAGCAAGGGGAGGGGAAGCCCAUAGCCAUGUUGUGGUACGCGAUUUCUUUGGUAUUUAUUCUGGCAUUCACUGUGCUUGUGGUGAGAAAAGCAAUGCAGAAAAUUAUUGAUCACACCCCGGAUGGUCAAUCCGUUGACCAAGCUUAUGUGGUGGGGAUUUUGUUGCUGGUUUUGGUGAUGGGCUUUUUCACGGACAUGUUCGGUGUGGCCAUUGCUAAUGGGCCGUUUUGGUUGGGCCUAGCGAUUCCAGAUGGGCCCCCGCUCGGUUCGACACUGGUGGAGAGGAGUGAGACGUUAGUAAUGGAGAUUUUGAUGCCAUUUUCAUUUGCUCUUAUAGGUCUUUUCAUUGAUGUUCAAGGUAUGAUUAUGAUUGGUUGGGAGGGGAUGGCACCAUUGUUUGCUAUGGUUGUAACUGGUUAUGUGUCUAAAUUCAUAGCUACUUUUGCUACUUCUAUGUUUUUUGAAGUGCCAUUCCGAGAUAGUGCUGUGCUUAGCCUUGUUAUGAGCCUGAAAGGUCAAGUGGAGCUUAUGCUUUUCACCCAUUGGAUGGACAAAAAGAUGGUACAGAUACCAGGAUUCACGAUGGUUGUGCUACUAAUAACAAUAGUGACUGCAUUAGCCACACCCUUGAUCAGCAUCCUCUAUGAUCCAACAAGGCCAUAUAUGGUUCACAAAAGAAGAACAAUCCAGAACACCCCAACCACAGACGCAGAACUUCGAAUAGUUCUCGUCAUAUACGAUGAAGAUAGCACAGCUCCUCUCAUCAAUCUUCUUGAAGUCUCCAAUCCAACAACAAGCACCCCGUUCUCGAUCUUUGCUAUUCGCCUCAUCGAGCUUGUUGGCCGUGCUUCUCCUGUGUUUAUAGACCAUCAAAAGCAAGAAGACGAGGCUGAGUUGAAGUAUGCAGUGUCUCAAAACAUCCACAAUGCCUUGAAAUUGUAUCAAGAAAGCAAAGGUGACUAUGUCAAGCUCUUUAACUUCACAGCCAUAGCACCAAACAAAACAAUGUACCAAGACAUUUGCGAGCUAGCACUUUUGAAAAGAGCCACACUUAUGAUCUUACCUUUUCACAAGGAAUGUCUGGACACUCUUGGAGGUGCAUUGACAGAAAUGGUGACAAGUGGGAUUAGAAGUGUCAACGCAAAUGUUAUAGCACAUUCGCCUUGCUCGGUUGCUGUUCUAGUUGAUAAGGGUCACCUCAGACAUCCACUAAUGGCAUUCCGAAACUCCGAGCUACACUUUGUGGUGUUGUUUUUGGGUGGCGCUGACGCGAGGGAGGCUUUGUGUUUUGCUGAUAGGAUGGUUGGGAAUCCUAACGUGUCGUUAACCGUGAUUCGGUUUCUUUCAUACAAUUUCGAAGGGGAUAAUGAGAUGGAGAAGAAAAUGGAUGAUGGGGUUGUCACAUGGUUUUGGGUUAAGAAUGAGAGGAAUGAUAGGGUUUCUUAUAGAGAGGUGGUAGUGAAGAAUGGGGCAGAAACAGUAGGAGCAAUUCGAGCUUUGAAUUAUGGGGAGGAUAAUACUUGUGAUGUUUGGAUUACGGGGAGGAAACAAGGGAUCAAUCCUGUUCUUCUGGAAGGGUUAUCAAAUUGGAGUGAGAAUGAAGAAUUGGGUAUAAUUGGGGACUUUGUUUCCUCUGAUGAUUUUGGUGGCACUGCUUCUGUUUUAGUUGUACAGCAGCAAAUGUUGAGAGGUCAAGGGACAGGUAAAGCUGGAAUGGAAAAGCUUACAGCUGGCCUAAAUCUAUGUUAGAGAUGGUGAAUGAUAUAAUGGUAGUUAUUCAAGUCCAUGGUGUGUGUACAGUUUGCUAUCUCAAGAUUCAGAUGAUGAAUAGAGUUUAGGGUUUAACUUCAGUGUGUAUAGUGAUUUUGUUCAUAUCUAAUACUUCCAUAUGUAAAUUAUGUACUCAUUUGUACGAUUUUAACUUCAACCGAAAACAUAAGCGACCAUACAUCCUCUUAA